CAAGCCUCAUGUCGCCGGGCUGCACGCUCUCAUCCACCGUGCAGCGUCCACUUGGCUCCUGCAAAAAAACUAAACAAAACCGGUUUGUGUCAUAGCUGACCCUUUGCAACUGACUUGACCGCACUGUUUUGGCGCUCGUGGAGAAAAGUCAGUGAAGGCGAUAAAGGCGUCUAGGGGAGAUAACGAGGGACAGAGAGGCGAGAGAAAGAGAAGGAGGGAGGGAGGGAGAACGGGAGGAGACAGGCGGCAAGAAAUACGCCUCUAUCCUCCUUCCCCUGCACACUCCAGCGGACUUCCAUCCGUCCAUCCUCUCGCGUGCCUCCGGAUACUAAGCACACUACCUUACUUGCCGCUUUGCAAAAUAUUCCCCUCAUUUUUUGAAAUUUCAUUUCCUUCCCUAUUUGAACAGAAGAACCGGAGUCAAGUGCGGUCAUUUCUCAUCUAUUUGCAAAAAAGGACUGUACGAUAGCGGGCUUAAUUUCGCUUCUACUGUGCACGGGAUGUGUACUGUAUGUAUUUGCUCAUACGUACACGGACUUGGGCGUCCAGCUGCCAGUGAGAUGUGAUUCCCUGGCCGUUCAUAUCACUUUGACAAAGCAAAGUGUGCUAUAACAGGAUUACUAAUAAAUUGUGAGAAGCAGGAAGUACAUCCUCCUCUACUUCCGGGCCAACCGAACGUCAUGUGGACCAGAUGCCUCCUCUUCCUCUCAAUCUUGUUUGCUCCCAUUGCCAUCGCCUCCAGCCGCGCUCCUAUCCCCAUGGCAGUGGUGCGGCGGGAGCUGUCGUGUGAAUCCUACCCCAUUGAACUCCGCUGCCCUGGCACGGACGUCAUCAUGAUCGAGAGCGCCAACUAUGGCCGCACCGACGACAAGAUCUGCGACUCGGACCCGGCGCAGAUGGAAAACACUCGGUGCUAUUUGCCCGAUGCCUACAAGAUCAUGUCACUCAGAUGCAACAACCGUACCCAGUGUGCUGUUGUGGCCGGCCCAGAUGUUUUUCCUGAUCCGUGUCCUGGAACAUACAAGUACUUGGAGGUCCAGUAUGAAUGUGUUCCUUAUAAGGUCGAACAAAAAGUGUUUCUCUGCCCGGGAAUUCUGCGAGGAGUGUACCAAAGUGAACAUCUUUUUGAGUCCGACCACCAAUCUGGGGCCUGGUGCAAAGACCCGCUGCAGGCUUCAGACAAGAUUUACUACAUGCCCUGGACACCAUACCGCACAGACACGUUGACCGAGUACUCAUCCAAGGAAGACUUUAUUGCGGGCCGGCCGACCACCACAUACAAACUGCCGCACCGUGUGGACGGCACCGGCUUUGUCGUUUAUGACGGUGCGCUCUUCUUCAACAAAGAGCGUACCCGCAACAUUGUCAAGUUUGACCUCCGCACACGUAUUAAAAGCGGCGAGGCCAUCAUCGCCAAUGCCAACUAUCACGACACCUCCCCGUACCGCUGGGGAGGCAAAUCGGACAUCGACUUGGCGGUGGAUGAAAACGGACUCUGGGUGAUUUAUGCAACCGAGCAAAACAACGGGCGCGUUGUGGUGAGCCAGCUUAACCCUUACACCCUACGCAUCGAAGGCUCAUGGGAGACUAGUUACGACAAACGCUCCGCUUCCAAUGCCUUCAUGAUCUGCGGCGUUCUGUACGUAGUCAAGACUGUCUACGAAGACGAUGACAACGAAGGGACGGGGAACAAGAUCGACUACAUGUACAACACGGACAAGAGCAAGGAGACCAGUGUCAACAUACCGUUCCCUAACUCCUAUCAGUACAUCGCUGCAGUGGAUUACAACCCGAGAGACAACCUUCUCUACGUGUGGAAUAACUAUCACGUGGUCAAGUACUCGCUCGACUUUGGCAACAAUGACUUCCGCCCGCCCAUGAUCCCUGCGAACAGAGGAGGAGGGGGUGCAGUCGGAGGGGGCUCCUCAUCCUCAACCAGUCGUUCGACCACCACUCGCGCUCCCCCUUACUACACCACCCCGCGUCCUCUCUUCACCACCUUACCGGGACAGCGAUACCGAACCACCACAACAGUCCGCCAGCCUGUCAUGAAUCCGGCCGGCGGUUCACCGUCAGACACCAAUCAGAUCCCAGACACCAACCGCAAAGCCGGGGACCGCUUCCCGCCCGUGCAGGUCCCCCCGGCGCCGCCGCAACCCCCAGCUUUGCCUCCCCAAGACUUUUGUAGCCCUCGAGUGACGGCUGAUAUUUCGUGGCCCCGCACCCAGCAAGGCCAACUCGGCAAGCAGCCGUGCCCGGUCGGGACACUCGGCGUGGCCACAUACAUGUGCAUGGCCCACUUGGGCUACUGGGAUCCUCAAGGCCCUGACCUCAGCAACUGCACGUCUCCUUGGGUCAACCACAUCAUGCAGAAACUCCGGUCGGGCGAGACGGCAGCCAUCGUGGCCAGGGAGCUGGCAGAGCAGACCAAAGGGCUCCUGCGUCCUGGCGACGUGCCUUCCACGGUGCGGGCCAUGGCCCAGCUGGUGGAACUGCUUGACGUGCAGCUCAGGAACCUCACCCCUGGGGGCAAGGACAGCGCUGCCCGCAGCCUCACCAAGCUUCAGAAGAGAGAGAGGUCCUGCAGGUUUUUCACACAGGCCAUGGUGGAGACGGUGAAUAAUUUGCUGCAACCGCGAGCCCAGACAGCGUGGAGAGAGCUGUCCACCGCCGAGCAGCUACACUCGGCCACGCUGCUCCUCGACACGGUGGAGACGGGCGCUUUUAUGUUGGCUGACAACCUCCUCAAGACAGACACUGUGCAGGAGACCACUGACAACAUCCAGCUGGAAGUAGCUAGGCUUAGCACGGAUGGGAGCCUCACCGACUUGACAUUCCCUCAAUCGGAGCUGCACGGAAACUCCAUCCAGCUGUCAGCAAGCACUCUCAAACAGCAUGGUCGAAACGGUGAGAUUAGGAUGGCCUUCGUCCUCUACAGGAACUUGGGCUCCUAUCUCUCCACAGAGAACGCCAGCGUCCGACUGAGCAGCGAGGCCGUCUACCCCAACUAUUCGGUCAUUGUCAACUCCCCCGUCAUCAUGGCAUCCAUCAACAAGGAGAGCAACAAGGUUUACCUGUCGGAACCUGUCAUCUUCACGGUCAAACAUCUACAGCAUUCGGAAGAGAACUUCAAUCCAAACUGUUCUUUCUGGAGCUACUCCAAGCGUACCAUGACAGGAUUUUGGUCCACGCAGGACUGUCGUUUGUUGGCCACCAAUCGCACCCACACCAGCUGCUCCUGCACUCAUCUCACCAGCUUCGCCGUGCUCAUGGCCCACGUUGAGGUCAAGAAAGCAGACAGCAUCCAUGACCUCCUCCUGGAUGUAAUCACCUGGGUGGGCAUCCUGCUGUCCCUGGUCUGCCUGCUCAUCUGCAUCUUUACCUUCUGCUUUUUCCGCGGACUGCAAAGCGACCGCAACACUAUCCAUAAGAAUCUCUGCAUCAGCCUCUUCAUUGCUGAGUCGCUCUUCUUGGUCGGAAUCAACAGAGCAGACCAGCCGAUUGCCUGCGCAGUUUUUGCAGCCCUGCUCCAUUUCUUCUUCUUGGCAGCCUUCACGUGGAUGUUCCUGGAAGGGGUUCAACUAUACAUCAUGCUGGUGGAGGUGUUUGAGAGCGAACACUCCCGGACCAAGUACUUCUACCUGGCGGGGUACGGCGUGCCUGCUGUCAUAGUGGCCGUCUCCGCCGCAGUGGACUACAGGAGCUACGGCACCGACCGAGUGUGCUGGCUGCGACUGGAUACAUACUUUAUCUGGAGCUUUAUAGGCCCUGCUACACUCAUCAUAAUGCUCAAUGUAAUCUUCCUUGGGAUUGCUCUGUAUAAGAUGUUCCACCACACAGCCAUCCUCAAACCGGAUUCUGGAUGUCUGGACAACAUCAAGUCUUGGGUGAUCGGGGCCAUAGCCUUGCUUUGUCUGCUGGGCCUCACUUGGGCUUUUGGUCUGAUGUACAUCAACGAAAGCACCGUCAUCAUGGCUUACCUUUUCACCAUCUUCAACUCGCUGCAGGGAAUGUUUAUCUUCAUUUUCCACUGCAUUCUCCAGAAGAAGGUACGUAAAGAGUACGGCAAGUGUCUGCGUACUCACUGCUGUAGCGGCAAAAGCGUGGAGACUUCCAUCUCCGCCUCCAAGACCACCACCUCUCGGACUCCUGGCCGCUAUUCGACGGGCUCACAGGUGAGCUUACCUGCCUGCACACCUGGACGCUACAGCACAGCAGAAUCUCAGAGUCGAAUCAGGCGGAUGUGGAAUGACACCGUGAGGAAACAGGAGUCUUCUUUCAUCACGGGAGACAUAAACAGCUCCGCUACGCUUAACAGAGAGGGCAUCCUGAACAACGCAAGAGACUCCAGUGUUAUGGACACACUCCCGCUUAAUGGUAACCACGGCAACAACUACAGCAUGGCCAGCAGCGAAUACUUGAGUGACUGUGUGCAAAUUUUAGACCGGAGCGGCGGGUACGGCACCCAUAGCAACCACAAAGAGACUACCCUGGAAAAAAAGAUCUUGAAGGAGCUCACCUCCAAUUACAUCCCCUCCUAUCUCAACAACCACGAGAGGGUCACCAGCGAGCGCAGUCACAACUUGAUGAACAAACUGGUCAACAGCAGCAUGUCCAACGGAGGGAGUAUGGCAGGAGGCAGCAGUAGCUCCACUAGCAGUGGGGUCAGUGGCUGCAUGGGUAACGGUAAAGAGGACGGCGUUCCCAUGGUGCUGGACAACCCCUCAGCCUUCCCCCACGAGGAGAACCUGGGUCUGGAGAUAAUCCGAGAGGAAUCCAACGCUCCCCUCCUGCCGCCGCGCCCACCUCCACCCGACAGCCACCCGCCGCCGCCACCCCCGCACAGCUACUCAAGGCCUCGACGCAUCCCGCAGGAGACCAGCGAGAGCUUCUUCCCACUUCUGACCAACGAGCAUACCGACGAGCACACGCACUCACCCAACCACAGAGACUCGCUGUACACCAGCAUGCCGGUUCUCACGGACCUCCCGGAUGGCCAGAUGAACGGUUUAACAGACGGCGAGGAAGAGAGCUCCGGCGAACUGCAGCCCUGUAAGAGCGCCACAGCUCCCGAGUUGGAUGACGUCUACUACAAGAGCAUGCCCAACCUGGGUUCCCGGAACCACCUUCACGACCUGCAGACCUACUACCACAUGGGCCGCGGAGGUAGCGAUGGAUACAUGGUGUCCGGCAGCAAGGAGGAGUCCGACUCUUCGCCAGAGGAGCCCCCUGUAGACCCUGCCCACCUGGUUACCAGUCUAUAGAGCCCACCAAGAGACUUCUAUCCCUCCCUGAGCCCACUCUCGCAACCUUCCACUCGUGUGUUGUUGACUGACAGGCCGGACAGGUCCGCCCCCGGACCGAGUCUUGCGUUUUAAUGUAUAUGGUUCAGGACAAUAUGGGGGCUGAAUGUAUUGUCACGCUGGGAGACACUUUGUGAACAUCAAACAGGUGUAGAACCUCGUACCUGGAAAGGGAGAAGAGUCGAGAGGGAGGGAUCUGUAAUUCUAUGUGUUUGAUUGGAAUCUUGGAUUAGACAUGAAAGUUCUCAAAUGUGGACCUCCAACAUAUCGUAUAGUCUUCACUAUUACCACAAGUGAGGUUGCCCAACCUGCCCCAGAUGUCGCGCUCACUCAAAAGACGCAUUCUUGAGUGAUCGCAAAGGACACAAUGUGAACAGGCGAGGCCACGUCAAUUACCUGUCAAUCAAGUUGGGGACAUACAGCACAUCAAAAAAUAGCAACCAAACUGUACCCGUACGUUUUCUGAUGUUCUCAAUUCUCUUCCUGUUCAUAUCUGCUCAACGGGAGUCGUGUCCAAGCUGGUGUCAUAUGUUCCUUCCUGCGAGUUCUAGUGGCUGCUGUUUAUUUCGCUAAUAACAAAGAGAGCUUGUAAAUCCAAGAGACUAUAGGUUUAAAUGGGAAAAAAAAAUAAAAAAAAAUAAGGGGGGGGUUGAGAAUGGGUUGUUUCUUCUCUUUUCUUCUGUAAAAGUUCUCAGUUAUCCAAGAAUUAUGAUGAAAUGAUUCUAAUCAUUUCUAUGUAUUGUAUAGAAUACAGAGACAAAUGUUGCAUAUGACCAAUUCUUAUUUGUCAGUUGUCUGUGAAACUGUUCGGAACUGUCUCCUUUGGUUCUGGUCUCGGACGGAGGACGGAGCGGAUAAAAGGAACAAUUUUCACGGAGACAGUUUGGCACUAAUAUGCAUUUACCCUACGCACACUUAUUUCUGGUCCUUUUAUAGUGACGCCACGCUCACAUUUUGCAAAUUGUUACUAUAUAUUUUACACUGUGUAGUUAAAAGGGGAAAUAAGAGGGUGGGGUUACCAUGGGAACACGUUUACUGGAAGUGGAGUCCGCUGAAAUCUUUUGUUUUCAUUUUAAUAACGCAUUUCCUUCCUUUUGGCACAAGGGGGGAGGGAAGGUGGGGGUGGGAGGGGUACCUGGGUGAGAAAAAAAAAAACACCAGGUAUUUUCAAGCAACUUACAUAUGAUGCAUAUCGUUUUUAUUGCCAAAUAUUAGAGCAUUUGACAUUAGCUGUACUGGUCAUUGGGCAGAAAAAAAUAUUGGGAACAAAUAUUCUUCUCGAAAGUAAAAACCAGAACGGAAUGUCAUGAUUUUUUUACACCAUCAAUGUGUACUGAAAGAACUCUCUGCACACUGCGGCACUGUCUCAUGUUAAAGCCAAUGUUUACUUAUUUAGGAGGGAAAUUUCAAAAGUGUAUUAAGAGUAGCUUGCCCAUAUAUCCCACAAGCCCUUUCCAAGUUCCCCGAGAGAGAAAUUAUUUAUUUAUCUGUUUAUCGUUUGAAAGAAAGCAAAAACAAGCUUGGAGGGGAAAAAGAGCUGACUUUAUGCAGGAGUAAAUAGACUGGCACUAGGUGGUUCUUUUUUUUUUCUUUAUUAUUUUAAAUUAUUACGAUCAUGUUGAUUAUUACGAUAUUAUUGCUGAUUAUUUAUUCUUUUUGUAUGGGUUCCAAGUUGAAUGAUCUCAUAACUAAUAUUUGUUGUAACAGUGAAAGUUGUUUGCCAACAAAUAAAUUACUGACAUAG